ACGCCAGCAGUAUCUCAGGUGCCGGUGAUGGGAACUUCAGCCCCCCACUGAUGUCUGUUAGGGGGAAAGAUAAUGAUCUGUGUUAGUAUGUAGAGGGAAAACGACACCUGCUUGAAAGGUCAGGAUGGCUGGUCUGGCUGCGGUGAAGGGAAAGAUCCUGGGUGGCCAAGUGGUUGGCCUCCAGGAAGACAUCAGAAAGCUUGUGAGAGCCUCGUCAAGUGGUGGGGAGGGCCAGCUCAUCAUCCGUACAUGCUCCAGGUUUGUGUAUGAAACUCCAGACCUUGAAGAGCAGCGUUUCUCUGCUGUGCUGGAGAUUGUCAGCAUCUGUUGUGAGCAUCACCGGGAACACAUCACUGGUGACCCUUUCUUCCACUUCAAGUCCAUGUACUACAUCAUUCUCUUGGCCGUACGGAGGAAGGAUUUGCACCACCACUCAGCAAGACUGGCAGUUGAUAUUGAGCCUUACCUUGAGUUGUGUGACACCAGCAAGGAGGAGGUUCAGAGUAUGGUGAAGAAGAUGCACUCAACACUGUGGAAUGCCAGUCUGAACGUGACAGCACCUAUGGUAGCCCUUACCCUGCAGAGGUUUGCACUGCGGUGCUUUCUGGCCGUUGGUGGCAGCCUGAGUCAAAUGUGUGAUCAGGCAGUUAUGGCCCACCUUGUGUAUGAAAAGGCUGAAAAAUGUGCAGAGAACUCUGAUCUGUAUUUUCAGGCUUUAUUUAUGUACCUGACACAGACAAUGAGUAAGCAGUCAGCAUGUGAUGAAAACUCAGUUCUUGCCAUAGUUGGCCUGGUGAUGGAGUAUGCAAAGGUGGCAGUGAAAACAGGCAAGUAUUCAGACUUUGGCAGAAACAACAAGCAGCUGGUGAAGCUGCUGGAGACCCACUGUGACUCUAAAAUGUUGACGGGCCUUAAGGCGGGCCUCAAGCUGCCCGAGAUGGCCAUGGCACUGCAGCUAGGCCGGUGUGGGGACGAGAUGUUGAGGAAGCUGCUGGGAUCAUGUGGUAUAGUGGCUGCCCUGCCCGGCCCCAACACUGUCCUGGUGCUGGGCCUGCUGACCACCCUCACCCUGAUCCCACCUUGUUCCAAUCUGAAGCUGACUUCAUAUAUUGUUGAGAUUCUGAUGAAAAGAUGCAGGAUACCAGUAUCUGAUGAAAUUGUCAAAAAGAUCUCCAGUGUCCUCAACCAACAACUGACAACUAUUUUUGAUAUGCUGAAUGGCAGUCCAGGGUCAGAACCAGAGACACUUUUCAGCCAUGUCCUCACCUGGGCUGAGGCAACAAGGCCCUUCAUCUUGAGUCACCUCUGUGGAAAGCCAGACAAGAUGGGUGCACUCUACAGCCUUGGCAUUCACUUUGGCAAUUUUGGCUCUAUGGCGUACAAGAAGACUAAGUAUGACACUGCGGUGAAGCUCCUUGAGGUGACGGUGGAUUUGUUUGAGCAGUAUCACACUCACUCCCCUCAAGAGCAAAAGCACAUCGCUUGGCAGAACCUGAGCAGGAAAUUUCAGCUGUGGAGUGAUGUGCUACGCUAUGGCGGCCACCACUGGGGGGCAGGGGUGGCAGCAGCUCGAGGCUUCCUGGCUGGCUGCCUCCCCACUGAAGACCUGGUUAGCACGUGGGUCAAGUGCAAGAGGGACGCUAAGAAGGGAGGCAGUGAGGCAUUGAGGGAUCUGACAGUGUGUGAUGUGGUGAAGGAGGCAAGGAGGAAGUACAAAGAAGCAAAUGGUGUAGUGUUUGACCAAGAUGCAGCCCUGCUCAAGGAAAUACAGUGUUACAAGCAGCAAAAGUACAACACCAUGGAGGAGCAGCUGUGUUGUGGCCGGGCUGUGGCAGCGAGUGAGCACAGGCUGGAGGGUCGGGUGUGGGGCUUGCUGGCAGUGACGGAGGCACUGUGGACGUACCCUGACAUGGAGACGGAGGAGCAUGCUGCUCAACAUGCUGCUCAACAGGCCAAAGAUCUGUUACAGGAAGCUAAGAGUGGUGGUGCUAACAAGCCAGUUCUCCUGGAACUUGAGGCAUUGGUACAUUUUUGGCAGUACCUUUGCUAUAUACAAGUCAUGUACAACAAAGCUGAUGCUGAGGUGAAGGACGCAGACAAACCCAACCCCUUCACGGCUCAGGUGGCAGAGCCGGGGGAGGAGGAGCACCUGCAUGACAGGUGCGAGGGGCGGCCCACAGCACUCCUCUCCCUCCACACCCAGUAUGCCUCCCUCGCCCCCCUGCAGGCUGCCCUGGACAUCUGGGACAGGUUCAUCUCUGAGGAUCUUCCUCUGGAAAAUCCAGACGUGGCUUGUGCAAGUCUGACCUCUGUGGGCUACAUCUACCACCUGUCUGGCCUGGCUGCCCCCACCAUCCAGGCCUGGGGACUCCUCAUUGCCCUGGCUCGCAGGCACUCUCUUCUGAAUUACCUCAUUAAGGGCAUAGUUGAGCUGAUACUGACUGCCCCUGAGCUGGUGGAUGCGAGCCUUGUGGGGGAGCUGGAGCAGAUGGUGUCUUCCAGUGAGCUGGCCACCCCACAGGAUACUUCACAUACCUGCCUCAUGCUCAAUGCUUCUGUUGCCACUGCAUUCCUCUACUACAAGACAGGAAAGUAUGAAGAUGGUGCCAGGCUGGUUCAGGAAACCCUCCAGUCUGAAGUGCUGGCCAAGCGUACCAUAAAGACCACAGAGGUGCAGACAUUGGUGCACUUGGUGGCCUCUUUAUAUGCUUGGCUCCCUCCCUGGCUCCUAAACCCUGCCCCUGCCUUCCCAGCACCUUGUUUCUCCCUGGCACUCCUGGCCUGCAGGCAGGCCAACGCUCUAGUCGUGAUGGCACUCACAGACUCAAACAAAGACAUCAUCUGCUGGCGACACCGAGUGGCUAGCCUGCUGCUCACCACCACGUCCUGGCUGGGCCACCUCAGUAUCACCACAGCCCAGCCCAGGAUGGCCAGGGCAUACAUUGAAAAAUCACUUAAAUUUUCCCAGCAGCUGAUUCUUCCUCUCAGAAUUGCUGAGUGUCUAGAGUUGCUGGCACAUGUGGAUAUGUUAUGUGACCAGCUGGACGACUGCAGGGUGAAGGUAGACAGUCUGGAGGCACUCUUGAGGACUCACCCCUCAUCUCAGGAAGAACUGCAGGACCUCAUGCCAGAAUUUACUAAACUAUCCAUUAGCAAGUCAUCAAAAGUCACGAAGAAACAAGGCCCUGAGAUAUUCUGUGACCCUGUGGCCAGCAAUGGGGAAAGGAUGCGCACAGAGAGUGGUGCACAGGACCUACAUCUGAAACGUUGCCUCCCGUUCCAGGCAGGAGCUGAGGAAGUGGCCAUUUCUUCUCCGUCUGUGGGUCAGCUUGAUAAUGUUGCCAUUGUUAGGUUUUCACCGUGUCCGAGCAGAGGCAUGCGCUGUGUCCUGUGUGCCACUCCAAUCAUCCACCAUCUCCGCAUCUCAACCGCAGUGCUGCUAGCUCUCCUCCAUGCUCACAGUGAACGCUUCCAGGCUGCACAGAAGUGUCUUGACCAAGCAUGGAAGAUGUAUGCUGACAUUGCAGACAAGGCAGAAGAAGUUUCCUCAUAUAUGGUGUCAUUCCUGAAGAGAGAUGCCAAAGACUGGGUGAUGUCUCCCAGCAUGUUUGUAAACUCAAGAUUACAUUUGGUCCACCUCCAAAUCUUCCAUGCCCAAGCAGAGUGUCUGGCUCUAGAGAGGAAAUGGGAGAAGGCUCUCAGUGUCAAUCUGCAGUGUCUUCAAACUCUGGCCACGCAAGAGUCUCAGUUGUUGAUUCAAGAUAUGCAUUUUGUUGCUGUUCUUUCCCUGCAAGGCCAUGCUCUAGAAAAGGUUAUCAGCAGAAGUCCAAAGUCUCCAGAAGAUAUUGAUCAGUUGGUUAUCACAGGUCAGCAGGAUGAUGAGUCGCCUACCAUAACAGUAACAACUCCCAAGAUGAGCAAUAGAAAAGAGGAUGGGAGCAGCACAAAGACAAUCCAGAAUCUUCUCAAUGCUCCCAGACAUGUAAACAGGAGGAAUUUGAUCUUCACUAUUCCAAGUGAUGAGGAGGAGGACAGCACAGAUUCUGCCACAAAGUCUGCCACAUGCAUUACGCCACACAAACAAAUAGCUCCCACACCUAACAAGUUCUUCAAAUCAGCACGAAAGAAGCCACCAAGCAGUGUCAGAAAAAAAGAAAAUGCUGAGAAUAAGAAUAUCUUAGAUUCCCUUGAGGCAGACUGGGGUGGCACCUUACCUUCUCUUGUGCUGAAAGUGCCAAGUGACCUCCCGCUGUCAUCACUCAACAGCGCACCUCAAGGCCCCUCCCAGCACGAUGGUGAGAGACUAGGACUUUCCACCUCCCCAAAGAGCACGUCCAAAGUUAGAAAUAAGAUAGGUCAGAAAACUAGGGUGCCUAAGUCAGCAGGAACUAGAGGAAAGAGUGCCUCCAGCCUGUCACAGAAUCCUGGAAAUGCCGAUCCUCAGGAAGAGACUGCACCGCCACGUGGCAGGAGCAGGGCGGUCAAGACUGCCUCAUCGUCUACCUCCAAAGCCAAAGUAGUCACUGAGCCCAAGCCUGCUACCAGGACCCGAGCCUCCAGGUCACUCCGUCUUAUAUAACCUGGAUAUUCUUAGGGAUUUUAUAUUUUUAUACUCUUAUAAUUUCACAAAGUACUGUAUUUUGACAUUUUUAUGUUGCAUCAUUUUCUCUUCAUGUUUCUCAGUCUUCCUCAGAAAAGUGCCAUGGCAGGUAUCGUGUUUCACUGUUGUGUUGUUCACCAUCUAGUAUUUAUAUUAUUUCUAGAUAUUACAGAGGAAACUAUUAGAGAUAGUGGUUGUACAAAAUUAAUAUUUAUUUUUAGGAAAAACAAUGGUGAAUACCUUAAGUAUGAUUAACAUUUAAGAAUUUCUGUUGUUAAUUUCUUAACUCUUUUCCCUGUCAAGUACACAUUACUUAGUCACCAGAUGAAAUGACACUUUUAUUGUUUUUAGGAUAGUAAAGUUUUUUAUUGACUAA